ACAUACGUACUGCACACACGUGCCCACGACACUCUACUUACGCCUACACACGCACUCUCUCGCCUGUCUAGUACUCACUGCGCCGCCAUGUUCUCUGCUGCCUCCCGUCGUCUGCCCCUCGUCCGCCCCCUCGCUGGCCGCCGUCUCUUUCAUGCUUCGGCGCCCGCAUUCGUCAAGGUGGGCGACAAGCUGCCUGACGUCCACCUGGUCGAGGGAUCGCCCGGCAAUAGGGUCAACCUCGCCAACGAGUUGACCGGCAAGGGUGUCAUUGUCGGUGUCCCAGCCGCGUUUUCGCCCUCGUGCUCGGAAAGCCAUGUACCCGGCUACAUCAACUCCCCCAAGCUGAAAGAUGCUGGCAAAGUCUUUGUGGUCUCGGUCAACGACCCGUUUGUUAUGAAAGCAUGGGGCAAGAUGCUUGAUCCUUCCGGCUCGAGUGGCAUUCGCUUCUUGGGCGAUCCCAGCCUUAACUUCACAAAAGCGCUUGGUCUGUCUUUUGAUGGCACAUCCAUCUUCGGAGGCGAUCGUUCAAAGCGAUACGCUCUCGUCAUCGAAAAUGGUACUGUCAAGGCUGCGCACGUAGAACCCGACAACACUGGGCUCAAUGUUUCCGCUGCCGAAAAGGUUUUGUGAAAAUGACUAACGCAGUACAUUUAUCCCGAGCGUCACGUGGCAAUGCACCACUGGGACUACUCUACACAUGUCAGCCAAACUCGGACCUAAUCCCGGCUUCGACUCGGCUUAUGGCGUGGCAUAAGAGGACAGGGCUGUUCAAUGAUAUUAUGUGCCCUUAGCAAUCUCUUAGGUGUGAAGAACAACUAUGCAUUGCCCAUGACUAUGGCUCAAUACAUCAUGUUUACACCACCACCAC